GAGGCACUGGCCGCACUUCCCGUCGGGGAGAGAGUGUAAUAUGGCGAAGACCUACGAUUACCUGUUCAAGCUGCUGCUGAUCGGGGACUCGGGGGUGGGGAAGACCUGUGUCCUGUUCCGCUUCUCCGAGGACGCCUUCAACUCCACUUUCAUCUCCACCAUAGGAAUUGACUUUAAAAUUAGGACCAUAGAGCUCGAUGGCAAGAGAAUUAAACUACAGAUAUGGGACACAGCUGGCCAGGAACGGUUUCGGACGAUCACAACAGCCUACUACCGGGGCGCCAUGGGCAUCAUGCUGGUCUAUGACAUCACCAACGAGAAGUCCUUUGACAACAUCCGGAACUGGAUUCGGAACAUUGAGGAGCAUGCCUCUGCAGAUGUUGAAAAGAUGAUACUUGGGAACAAGUGCGACGUGAACGACAAGAGACAAGUGUCCAAGGAACGGGGAGAGAAGCUGGCCCUGGACUAUGGAAUCAAGUUCAUGGAGACCAGUGCGAAGGCCAACAUCAACGUGGAAAACGCAUUCUUCACUCUCGCCAGAGACAUCAAAGCAAAAAUGGACAAAAAAUUGGAAGGCAACAGCCCCCAGGGGAGCAACCAGGGAGUCAAAAUCACACCAGACCAGCAGAAGAAGACCAGCUUUUUCCGAUGUGUUCUUCUGUGAGGAACGCCGCCUUACUCUGAGCCCCGCUCAGCCGAGCUGACUGUGCCUGUCCUGAGAGCGCCCCUCGCCCAGCUGGGGCCCUCCCCUUCCAACGCCCCUGUGGCGGCCACCGGGCCCAGGGCCACCAGAACACAAUUGAGAAAUUGUUUAUUUUAGUAACUGUCUGAUCUUUUUCAACUUUGGAAAUGAAAUAAGUUAAGAAUUUGCUAUUUUUCCUGUGACGUCCGCCAAACCGGCCACGCAUUGUGUACCUGGAGAGUGGAGACGACACGGCCGUCAAGGAUGGCCAGCGUGGCGGGCCUCCGCCUCGGGGCCGCGGCACAGCUCAGAUUCCACCGCACAGCCUGUCUGCAUCUCCCGGCGCAGAAGCGAGGUCCCCAAAGGCCAGGAUGGUUCCAGGAGUGCUGCACCUCACGCCCUCGGCGAGGUGACCUGCACCAGGCCUGGGAAACGUCCGCCAACAUGUCUGAUGCCCACUUUCACCGUUUCUCUGUUUUGGACAAGUGACAAAAACUGUUAUGUUUCCUUUUCCUCUCUCCCUCUUUUUGACUCUCAAACCAAAGGGAAGCACAAAUUAAGGAAACCCUGUGCAAAGCGUACAGAAGGAAGGAGGGGUGGCGGACCUGACCUGCCCACAGCCGGCCCCUGCCGGCGGUCCCGCCAGGCCUCGGGCGUCGGCAGCGGGCCUCUCGGCAGUCCCUGUCCGAUCACUGAGGGGCUGCCGUGCAUCCCACGGGUGCCCCUGAAGACACAGCUACACACCCUUCACCCACAAUUAGGGUGCCAGCCUGACAGCCCCACUUCUCUUUCCCCUCCCAAGGUCUCCAAAUCAGAUGUCCUUUCUAGCUGAGAUUUUUAUUUUUCCAGAUCCGUAGUGCCAUGAAGUGAUUCCGCCUUUGAUUUCCAGUGGCAGACCCAGGUGACCAGGGACAUGUGUGCACCUGUGGCUGGAUGUAGCUGAGAGCGUGACGCAUUCCUGGCAACAGGCUGACCGCAGAGCUGUCAGAGCUAGUUUUUUUUAACUGUGUCAGUGGUUCUGUUUUGACAGGUCUGCCUUCCCAAAGAGAGGGUGCAGUUGAGAGAGACCAGGUCUCCAGGUCCGAGGGAUGUCAACUAGGGAGCCUUUACAUUUCUUUUUCUUACCCUUCCCCCCCGCCACCCCAAGUUGCUGUCCACCUAAGCCAUUGACAUCGUAAUUUCUUUUUUGAAUUAAAAACUGAUGAACCAGC